GACAAAGUACUGGCGAGCGGCGAGGUGACUGGCCAACCUCGAGGGUGCUGGAGGGAGUCAAGGAGGCAGCGGGAGAAGGACGCGACCUGGGCCCUGGGCCUCGCGGAGCUCCGGCCGCGCCGCCUCUUCGCCUCGUCACGCACAAGCUUGACGCCGGAGCCGCGCAUAACGAUACAGAGUUUGACAAGUUCCGAAGCCAAUGAGUACCAGACACUUGGAUUUGAACUGCAUUUUGGAAUUCAUCUACCCUUAAAAUGCCACCAGCAGUUGGAGGUCCAGUUGGAUACACCCCCCCAGAUGGAGGCUGGGGGUGGGCAGUAGUAUUUGGAGCUUUCAUUUCCAUCGGCUUCUCUUAUGCAUUCCCCAAGUCUAUUACUGUGUUUUUCAAAGAAAUUGAAGGAAUAUUCAAUGCCACCAGCAGUGAAGUGUCAUGGAUAUCCUCCAUCAUGUUGGCUGUCAUGUAUGCUGGAGGUCCUAUCAGCAGUAUUCUUGUGAACAAAUAUGGCAGCCGUCCAGUGAUGAUUCUUGGUGGCUGCUUGUCAGGCUCCGGCUUGGUCGCAGCUUCUUUCUGUAACAGUGUGAAGGAGCUUUACUUGUGUAUUGGAGUCAUCGGAGGUCUCGGGCUUGCCUUCAACUUGAAUCCAGCUCUGACCAUGAUUGGCAAGUACUUCUACAAGAGGCGGCCACUAGCAAAUGGACUGGCCAUGGCAGGCAGCCCCGUGUUCCUCUCUACCCUGGCCCCCCUCAAUCAGGCUUUCUUUGGCAUCUUUGGCUGGAGAGGAAGCUUCCUGAUUCUUGGAGGCCUCCUCCUGAACUGCUGUGUGGCCGGAUCCCUUAUGCGACCGAUAGGGCCCCCACCAGUCAGAUCGGUGAAAUAUCAGUCCAAAGAAACCUUUCAGGAAGCCGGAAAAUCUGAUUCGAAACAAGUGGGAAGUGAUGCAAACACAGACCUCAUUGGAGGAAACCCCGUCCAGGAGAAGGAGUCAAUCUUCCAAACGAUUAAUAAGUUCCUGGACUUUUCCCUGUUCACUCACAGAGGCUUCCUGCUGUACCUCUCUGGAAACAUGAUCAUGUUUUUUGGACUGUUUGCUCCUCUGGUCUUUCUUACUAAUUAUGGCAAGAGUAUGCAUUUCUCUAGUGAGAAGGCUGCCUUUCUUCUUUCCAUCCUGGCUUUUGUUGACAUGGUAGCCAGACCAUCAAUGGGACUUCUAGCCAACACAAGGUGGAUAAGACCUCGAGUUCAGUAUUUUUUUGCUGCUUCUGUUGUUGCAAAUGGAGUGUGUCAUCUGCUAGCACCUUUGUCUACCACCUAUGUUGGGUUCUGCAUCUAUGCAGGAGUUUUUGGGUUUGCUUUUGGGUGGCUCAGCUCAAUAUUAUUUGAAACACUGAUGGACCUUGUUGGAGCCCAGAAGUUUUCCAGUGCUGUGGGAUUGGUGACCAUUGUGGAAUGCUGCCCUGUCCUCCUGGGGCCACCGCUUUUAGGUCGCCUCCAUGACCAGUACGGAGACUACAAAUACACGUACUGGGCCUGUGGCAUCGUUCUCAUCAUCGCAGGCAUCUACCUCUUCAUCGGCAUGGGCAUCAAUUACUGGCUCGUGGCGAAAGAACAGGAAGCAGAGAGGCGGAAGCAGAAGGAAAGAGAGGAAGAGGCCGGUGUUGCUAUUGAGAAGCCAAAAGAAUUCACCAAUGUAGCAGACGCUCCAGAGCAGAAGGGCACAGAGGGGAGCCCCACAGAGGAGGAGAGUCCAGUCUGAACCAUGGGGCUGAAGGGUGAACGGGGCAGCUUGUGACCCAAGAUACCGGAAAAUGUUCUACUGGCCUGCAACCUCCCAGUGGUGCUCAAUGCAAAUAGUGGGCAUUUGCCUGGAAACCCUGCCGGGUGUCCCUUGAGGAAAUUUUUGUUUCACUCCUUACAUUUAUCCCAAAUUUAAGAUGCCAUAUCCUUUGGGGAGGGAGUGGUUGGCAAAGAAUGAGGGAAAGAAGUUGGAUUUUUUUUUUAAUCUUAGCUUUUAACAGUGUCAUGAAGAUUAUAAUAUGUGCCUUAAGUUUUAGUCUUUAGAAUCUUUAGGGAGCCUUAACUUUUUAAACCAUUCUGCUGAAUUAUCUGCAUUCCGUUACAAAGAAAAAUAACUUGUUUGAAGCAAAUCUAAAAUUUAAUUUUGCUUCAGUGUUAUUUGUAACAUAUUGUCAGACAUUACCACUGAAAGGUUGACUAGAAAUAGUGGUUGAAAGUUUUAUAAAAUCCUGGCAAAGGUAUUUUCCCAGCAUCGAUAGUUGCCUGGCAUAUAUAUGUGCCUGCCUGCUAUAUAUUUAGGAAACUUAAGGCAUAAAACCUUGGAAAUAUCUUGGCUAUUCUAGACACAUUGUACUCACCAACACUCUUCUGGUAUCUUUUCUUAGGAUGCUUAUUAGAAGCCCAGUUCUUGAGUUCAUUAAAUUACUAUUUUUGCACCCCUUUUCAAAGACUUUUUUUGUGUGUGUUUAUAGAUCAUUGUCCCUUCUGAGAUCACUAAGUAUUGUUUUUUCACUGUAAAAAUUAGUAUUAAAAUAUACAAAACUACAUAUUUUAUUUGUGCCUCCUUAGUGUAAAUCUAACAUAUAUCUAAUUAAAUGUAGACAGAUAUUUCGAACAGCAGCUGAAUUCAGCUUAGUUUUUUCAAAAACCUCAGUUAAACUGUGAGACUUAGAAUCUUUUUUGUUGUUUUUUUCUGGAAUUUUUCCUCUUUGAUUCAUAGCAGUUCCAUUUAUAUCCGUGUCUAGCUUAGAGCUGUGUGAAAUAUUCAGUCUUGGGGUGUUUAGGUUUUGUUUUUGUUUUUUUUUUUAAUGUCUGCUAAUUCAAUAUAGUCAGAGAUUUGGCCUCAGGCAAACAUACAAGGAUAGGAUUGGGAGGGACGCUGCUAAGUAUUUUUAGUUCAAUAAAUAGCUCCCCUUUUCUGAGACAUUCUUAAAGAAAAUUAUGUUUUGGUUAGAAUUACUGGACACAUUCUUAAUCUCCCCACAAAUAUUCUGACCCCCUUUCACUUAUUUGAAAAGUAGAGAAAUGGAUUUAGUAUAAAGAUAGGAGGGAAGAUGGACCAGAAUAAAAAGUAUUUUUUAAUCUAAUACCUUUUAAAUUGAGAUAGACAGGAAUAGACAUUCAGUGAAUUAUAUAUUAUAUUCAAUGUAUUUUAAAGUAUUGUAAUUGACAGAGUGAAAGUAUAGAUUAAACACUUUGUAUAAGAAGAGGCUUGCUUUUCCAAAUAAACUUUUUUUCCUUUUUUUAUAAA